CUUUUAUGUCGACUUUCUCCUGCGGAAGAAGCACAAAAAAAAACAAUCAGUGAGGGAGAGAGGAGAUCCAAGAUCCAGACGACGUCGUUGCAGAUCCACUCCCCACGAUGUCUUCUACCUUCAGCGGCGAUGAGACGGCGCCCUUCUUCGGCUUCCUCGGCGCCGCUGCGGCCCUCGUUUUCUCCUGUAUGGGAGCUGCCUAUGGCACAGCAAAGAGUGGGGUAGGUGUUGCAUCUAUGGGAGUCAUGAGGCCUGAGCUGGUCAUGAAAUCCAUUGUUCCUGUUGUUAUGGCUGGAGUUUUGGGUAUUUAUGGGCUUAUUAUUGCUGUUAUCAUCAGUACCGGGAUUAAUCCCAAGGCAAAGUCAUAUUACCUCUUUGAUGGUUAUGCACAUCUCUCCUCUGGUCUUGCUUGCGGUCUUGCGGGGCUCUCCGCUGGAAUGGCAAUUGGUAUUGUUGGUGAUGCUGGUGUGAGAGCUAAUGCACAGCAGCCAAAACUCUUUGUCGGGAUGAUCCUCAUUCUCAUUUUUGCUGAAGCAUUGGCACUGUAUGGCCUCAUUGUUGGAAUCAUCUUGUCCUCCCGAGCUGGCCAAUCCAGAGCAGACUAAGAAGUGACUGUGCAGUCUAAUAUUCUUUAAUUGCAAUAUGCACUUAGCUGGGGAAUUUUUUGGCUGCUCUCAGGUUGCUGAUUGGUUAUGCUUGCAGAUUCCUAAAGAUUAUGUUUGUGUACGUACCUGCCUCGUCUUGUAGGAUUGAAUUUUUUUUAACAGAAUAAGCUCUUAAAGCUGCCCAUGUAUUUUUUUAUUUUUUUUUAAUUAUGAUUGAUUCUGCAGCCAGAAUUAUAUUUCUGGAACUAGUGCAUGUAUUGAUCCUUAUCCACCAAACUUGAGUACAUACUUUCAUUGUGAAA